GAGUGCGGCCCGGCCCGGGGCAGUCCUGCCGCACUUUUGGCUUUCCCCCUGUUUCCACUCCCUCCUCCCCCGAGCUGUGGCUGCCUUUGGGCUGCUGCGGUGGCAUUUUCCUUCAGGAGGUGGCGCAGCAGCCGUGGCCGGGCCGCGGGGCGCUCGGGCUUUGGCCCACGCCAUUCUUCGGGCUCGCACCAUGCCCCGUGUCACUCCUGAUGCGCUUCACUGCCAGGGGAGGGGGUUUUGAAAUAACUCCUGAAUAUUGCCUGAAGGAAAAGGGAAAGGAACGAGGCCGGGAGGAAGAGAAACCCCUCACCUGCUGAGCAGGGCAGCUGGAUGUGCCAGCCCCUUUCCUGGAGGUUUCCAUGGCUGUCGAGAUGUUCAAGGGCAUAACUAGAUGUACUCUUUCUGAUUCCUAGAAGAAACUUUUCCUCUGAACCAGACCCAAGAAACAGUGGCAUAUGUGAUGACUGGCUGUUGACAUUGGCUAGCAUGUGCACUUUGAAAGGUCACUCUGUCCAUCUGCCAGAUCAGCUGGCCCAAAGCAUCUGACUGACCUGUUUGUUUUGUUCCAGCAGUCUGGGGCUGACAGACCAUGAAGGAAGAAUAAGGGAAUCCUGAAGCAGCAAAAGACUGUUUGCUCCUGGACUUUGUCCAGAGGGACUGUUUGCACAUCAGUGCUCUCUCUUACCAGUGGGACCAUGGAAGAAGAGGAGACGUCACCGAGUCACACCUCAGAGAGCAGCAUGUUGGACCUCCCCUCUGUCUGUGACCUGGCAGAGCACUUUGUGCCUCCACACAGCUCUGAGAACAGCCAGGAGCUUUAUCCUUCUGGGGAUGUUUUUCCCUCUCCACCCACAGGAGAGAGCAAUCCAUCAUCUGCAGCUCCUGCAGCCGGUUCUGCUGAAGGCCCUCAGGAAGCAAACGUGAGCUGUUACCUAAAAGCAGGGCUGUGUGAGCCCUCUGAACCUAAUGGUGUGCUCUCAUGGAUGCAUGAACAUGAUGGUGCAGAAGAUCCCAGCAUCAGGGACUCUCUGGAUGGCUUCUACAAAAUGUAUUGCAGACAGCAGCCAGAGAGAGAGGACCUGACCUACGAGGCUGCCUCGCGGUGUCUGUCACAGAAGAUGUCAGAGCUGGAGCAAAAAGAUGGGACAAAGUACGUGUCACGAUGCCUGCAAAUGGCACAGCUGGUCUUGAACAGAGAUGGAUGUAAGAUCUUUCCAAACCACCCCCCUUCUGCUUGCUUCUCAAAGCCAGCUGAAGGAGAAGUCUUGUUGGAAAACAGGAGGAGGACACCUGGACUCUCAGAUGAUGUCUUGCAGUUCCUCUUGGAACAAACAAAGGCAGAACGUAGCCCUGAUGUGUCACACAAGAAGUGAGCAAGACACUGCUUUGUUUGUGUCAUGGAGGCUUUGCUUUCACUCCAGAAAGAGGUGAUUUUCUUGGACAGACAUUGUUCUCCAAGCACCACCUUCAGCACCAGCUGCUCCAUAGAGGGUUCACCCACACCUUGCUCUCUGAGGGCAGCACUGCUUUAGGAGCCCCUGUGCAACUGCCUGGGAUGUGUUGACUGAUGCAGUACUUGUUGCUGGGACAUCAAACAUAUAAUUUAUACCUACCAGGAUUUUAAACUGGCCUGCAUCCUUACCCCAGGGUAACAGUGGUCCAGGCCAAAUUCAGCCCCUGGGUGGGCAUUGCUGUCCAGUGCUGUUGGCUAGAACAGAAUGUUUGAUUAACCUUGGCAUGGUGUGCUCCAGCCCUGCAGAGGGAAAGUUAAGAUUUUGUUUGGAAUAUUUGUCUCCACAGGGUGCCUGUUAGCUCUGUGUUUUUACCUACAGACAUAUAACCCCACAGUUCAUUACUGCAAUGCCAAGUGAGUUUUUCUGACAGAAAAAAUGUGUGUGUGCAUGAGAAAGAGAAAAUACAGCUCUGGGUAUGCUCUCUGA